AGUAUGAGUAUGAUAAUGAGCAGUAAGGAGUCUGAGAGACACCAAGUUCAGUUUAAAAGAGGACUGAUGCAGUCCUUUGGUGUGGUUUUGAUUGUUGCAGUUUUCAGCGUUACUGAUGGAAAGCUGGUGUUCCCGCCUGGUUCUGAUAUGGGAUACAUUGUUCCUGAUGAACCUGAACCAGAAAGAUUCAUGGACACUGGCAAUUGGUUGCAUGACCUUGAAGAAUACAGAGCUGAACCAUUGAGAGGGGAACGAGAGGCUGUGAGUUCACCCAAUAAAUCAUAUUUACAUUCUCUUCAUGGCAGAAUAAGGGAAGAUGAAAGCAUUGAGAAUGAAGAAUGGCAUCAGCAGGAUGAUUCCCAUGCAAGCUGGAGUCAGAGGAGAUCUCUGCAUCAGUCAGAGGGAGCGCAUGGAGGUCCUCCCAAAGAUCUUCCAGACAGUUUGAAAGAUGACAAACAUGGAGUGGCCAUGGGAAUACCACAUGUCAAGUGUGAUAAUGCAAGGAUUAACCUCACACUGGACUGGGAUUACUCUCCAGUGAAUUACACUUGCUUCGGCCUGAAAUACAAUCGCUUACCAGUCCGAAAGAAUAUCAAGUCUGUUGAGAAAUGCAUUGAGUUGCCAAAAAAAUAUAUUCCACAGCAUGUGUGCAUGAAUCAGAAACUUUCAUACAACACUACCUUGCCAACAUAUGGACCACAUCGUCCCCUAUGGCCCGUGUUUGGAGAAUAUAAAUUUGUUCCUGUACAGAGAUGGCUUCAUUCUUUGGAGCAUGGAGGUAUCGUUAUGCUGUAUGAUCCAUGUACUGAGCCGCUACUGGUUGAACAGCUCCGCAAGUUACUUACUGGGUGUUUCCGGAAACAUAUUAUUACCCCUUACACUCUUCUGUCUAAGGAAAGACCACUGGCACUGAUGGCAUGGGGAUGCAGUUUGGAGAUGGCCACUGUCAAUGAAGCUGAGGUGAAGACCUUCAUCAAGACUCGUGCUCUUCAUGGACCAGAGGGACAUUAUCCCAAGAAUGGAAGCUUCAAAGAAGGGCUGUUGCGCAAGGCCAAAUACCCAACUAAAUAUGAAAAUGACUCCAUUAUUUGCCCAGAAUCCCAUGGAAAUGAACAGAUUAUACAUUAUCUUAGGUAGGUUAUACUGUCUUGUCCAGAAUCUUGUUUUCAUAGGUAAAGAAGACUAAAAUUACAACUUUCCCUUUAAAUAUCCUCCUUCCAAAAAUACUUGAUUAACCCUUAAAAUCUGGGCAGCCUCUUGAAACAUAUAAAUAAUUAUACUCCAACUUGAAAUUAUAUAAAACUAGAUAUUUUUAAACUGAGAAUUUUACUAGAUACAACACAGCUCUUUGAUUUUAAGGCAGCACCUGUAAAACUCAGUAAAAGCAAGUAAUCCCAACCUAAA